UCCUUUUUAAUUUGCUCUGUGAAAGUGUAGUGUUCUCCGUUGGGGCUAAGGCGUACAAUCCUUUUCAAUCCUGUUGGAAAGAAAGCAACCUGCACUAAUUUUUAAUUGGAAACUAUUUCAUAAUAUUUUUUGAAGUUACACUAUGUCGUCUGAACUUGCUUGCGUGUACUGUGCCUUAAUCUUGCACGACGAUGAUGUGCCCAUCACAGGUGAGAAAAUUCAAGCAUUGCUUGAUGCUGCUGGUGUGACGGUCGAACCAUUCUGGCCUAGUAUGUUUGCCAAGGCAUUGGAAGGUCGUAACAUUGGUGAUUUGCUGUGUAGUGUUGGUACACCAGGAAGUGGGGGUGGUGGUGCCCCAGCUGCUGGAGGAACAGGUGCUGCCGAUGCUCAAGAUGAAGAAUCAAAAGAAGAGAAGAAAGAAGAAACGAAAGAGGAAUCUGAAGAAUCAGACGAUGACAUGGGAUUUGGUCUCUUUGAUUAAAAGAUCAUCGAAAAGAUGGCAUGUAGUUUAAAGAAAAUAAAUAUCAAAACCAAA